ACUCUCCUGCUGGAUGAAACCUUUAAAAUAUUUUUCAUCUUCUUGCUGUAGCUUUGGGGUCGAGGUUUUGUUGUAUUUUUUUCUCCUCUUUUUUUUUUUUUUAAACCCUACUGUUAUUAUUUUGGUUGCGAUACCGACUUUGAUUUUUAAUUUUUUUUUUUUUGUCUUCACUCUCUUCUCCCUCCUCCCUUCCCCGAUGAACCUCUCUUCUCGCUCUGCACUUUGCGUGAGAAAGCCCAGAGGAAAGGCACCAUGAAGUGUUAAAAAUAACAAAACAAAACAACAACAACAACAAAAAAAUUACUCGCGACACCGCCAGCUAACACUUCCAGCUGCAGUUUUUGCAGGCUGCGAAAGAGAGAGAGAGAGGAGCGAGAGAAGGGAGGGAGAGAGGAGGAAAAAAAAAAAUCCACCCUUUAUGCAAAAGGCGAAUAGCGAGAGCCCCUCGCUCUGAUGCAUCAGCGGCAGCGGAGACUCUGCAAAGGAUAACGCGGAGCGGGAGCGGGAGCGGCCGGGGCGAAGUGGAGCGGAGGCUGCGCGGGGCCGUGGCGAGAGGCAGAGCAGGAGCGCGGAGCGGAGCUCGCCCAAAAUCAAGCUGGCUCACCCGGUGGCAACUCAGAGCAGUCCCCUCGCUCCCGGAGCGCACCCUUUCUGGAGGACUCUCGGCAGCAAAAGGAUGGCAUCAGAACUGGCAAUGAGCAGCUCCGACCUGCCCACCAGUCCCCUGGCCAUGGAAUAUGUUAAUGACUUCGAUCUGAUGAAGUUUGAAGUGAAAAAGGAGCCGGUGGAGACCGAUCGCAUUAUCAGCCAGUGCGGCCGCUUGAUCGCCGGGGGAUCGCUCUCUUCCACCCCGAUGAGCACGCCCUGCAGCUCGGUGCCCCCGUCCCCCAGCUUCUCGGCGCCCAGCCCCGGCUCCGGCACCGACCAGAAGACCCACCUGGAAGACUACUACUGGAUGACGGGCUACCCGCAGCAGCUCAACCCGGAGGCGCUGGGCUUCAGCCCCGAGGACGCGGUGGAGGCGCUGAUCAACAGCAGCCACCACCCGCUGCCCGGCGCCUUCGAUGGCUAUGCUAGAGGGCAGCAGCUGGCCGCGGCCGCCGGCGCCGGCGGCUCCGUGCCGGCCGAGGAGAUGGGCUCGGCGGCCGCCGUGGUGUCGGCGGUGAUCGCCGCGGCGGCGGCGCAGGGCGGCGCGCCCCACUACCACCACCACCACCACCACCCGCACCACGGCGGCGGCGGCGGCGGCGGGCACCCCCACGCCGCGGCGCCGGGCAGCGCGCCGCCCUCCUCCGCCUCCUCGGCGGCCGGCUCCGGCGGUGGCGGCGGCGGCGGCGGCGGCGGCGCCGGGGGGCUGCACCACCCGCACCACGGCGGCGGCGGCGGCGGCGGCGGCCUGCACUUCGACGACCGCUUCUCCGACGAGCAGCUGGUGACCAUGUCGGUGCGGGAGCUGAACCGGCAGCUGCGGGGCGUCAGCAAGGAAGAGGUGAUCCGGCUGAAGCAGAAGAGGAGGACCCUCAAAAACAGGGGCUAUGCCCAGUCCUGCCGCUUCAAGAGGGUCCAGCAGCGGCACGUCCUGGAGUCGGAGAAGAACCAGCUGCUGCAGCAAGUGGAGCACCUAAAGCAGGAGAUCUCCAGGCUGGUCCGGGAGAGGGACGCCUACAAGGAAAAGUACGAGAAGCUGGUCAGCAAUGGCUUCAGAGAAAACGGAUCCAGCAGCGACAACCCUUCCUCUCCAGAGUUUUUCAUGUACCCGAGAGAAUCGUCUACAACGGUGAUGUGAAAAUCCCUGUUACCUGAGGUCAAAAAAAAAAAAAAAAAAGUCUCCCAGAAGACCUGGAGUGGUGACGCCCGGAUGCAGAGGAGAUCACACUGCUUAUAAAUCUGCACCGUGAGGAGGCCAAAAGUUUCUUCAGCAGCAGGAGGUAAGCCAGGAGUGCUGGUGGGUAUAAGGAACAGAGAGCGAUGCCACAUGCAUUCGAGAAGAUAAAGGCAGCAUUCUUGAGGAUGGAGACUUUGGGGCAGUGUCACAGUCCUAUACAGAAAGCUUGAAGAGAUCUUCAGGUGGGAAAACUCCACCCAGCCAGCUGCUUGUUUGGUUUAGUCCAUGGACCUCAGGGCUCUGCACACCAGAGACUGAAAACUCUUGACUUACCCUAAAUUUCCUCUUUGUGGACUUCUGAUGUGAUAGGAAUGGCACAAAAAAUUCAUGUAUCUGCUUUGCCAUGACUUUUUCAUCCUGCUAACUUUCCCAGGACUACUUUCUGCUCAAAUUACUGGAACUUAAUUACAUGAGGCUUAAUUUCAGUUGCUUGGCCAGCUUUAAAAAUAUAUAUUCAAAUCUGAACCACAAGGGCAGAAUUUUGGGAGCCUCUUUGCCCUCUCACUUUGUGUUAGUUUAAAUGAAGAAACUGUGCCUGUGAAUCUCUGCUUUAUUACACCUAUCCCAAGCCAGUCUCGCUUCUGAAGAGGCUUCCCAGACUCUCGGCAGUUUAAGGGGGAGCAGAAACUACCACUUAUAUUAUGGUUUAUGUUUUUGAAACUGUGCAAACAAUAGAUAUUUGUCUCCUGCUUAUGCAUUUUCUUGUAAAUAAAAUGUAUUGAGACCAGA